AUGAAAGUAGGUCAACUCAAAUAUAUAGAUAGCAUGCAGUUCAUGAAUAGUAGCUUGGCCAGUCUUACAAAAAAUUUGGGUGAUAACCACCCAAUAACAAGUCAAUAUUUCAAAAAAUUAGGUUAUACAGAGAAGCAAUUAGCAUUAGUAUAUCACAAAGGAGUUUAUUUCUAUGACUAUAUCGAUUCUCAUGAUAGAUUUCAGGAGAAAGAACUUCUUCCUAUUCAUGAAUUUUAUAAUACUCUUAAAGUAGAUGUUUGGACAGAGUUUCAAAAAAUUUCUAUGGAAUUUUAUGAACUUGAUCCCAGUCAUUAUGUUUCUGCUCCAUCAUUAUUCUGGGAUGGAAUGCUUAAGAUGUCAGGAGUUAGGAUUGAACUUUUACAGAUAUAG